GCACAAGGCAGUUGGUGAUCUGUGAACACACAUGGAACAUUUCAGCGCAGUCAGUCCCAACGAUGGUCAAAGUUGGGUAAAUGUCUGAGAGCUGAUGCAAGGACUUCAAAAUGAAUCAGAUGGAGUUACUGUAUCAAAUAAUCGUAUUCGGUAUGGCGGUAUAAGGGAUAAAAGAAAAAAGAAAAGCACAUCGAAACUUGGCUGAUCGCAAUCUGAUCAACGGGACGGGACGUCUCCAAGUUCGUUAAGCAAAACCUUUCCACCAUCGAGACAGUUUCUGAUAGCUCAAUGUAUAGUGUAUGUGACGCACGGAGUGCACAAGACAAGGCUGUAUUCUUACAGGUGCGAUUUUGUAGCCUACACUAGUCAAGCUACUCUUCUUGGGUUGUUGAAACUCACGAAACACUGAGACUGGAAGUUACAUGGAAUAAAGUGACAGCCAAAAUGAGAAUUUACUCUCAUAUCUGGAGGUUGUUACAGAUAUUCCUAGCGACGAUUGUCACAGUUGUCACCCAAGAGUUGGACAGUCAGGAGAUGUCAGACAACACCAAGAGCUCCCUGCCAUUCCCCGUGUUCCUUCCAGUCAACUACCAGGUGCGAGAUGCAGAUUGCUUCUUCCUGAAGGAGACCGGUCAGGACAUCAUGAGGAACUCCAGCCUGCAGACACAGACACAGCCAUUUGUCAUCCUGAGAGCCAGCCGGCCACCUGUUGUCAACGCCAGCUAUGGGCCCCUGUCCAAAGAGCAGCCUGUCCCUCUAGACCUGAUCCAGUCUGUGCAGCUGUUCCGGGCACCGGGGGUAUUCACCUAUAACUGGAAGGUCCAGUUCUUUGUGCUGACCCCCCGGGUCUACUCCUCCAUGCCUAAGGUGCAGGUGUUGUUCUAUGUGGCUGGGAGGGACUGGGACAGGGGAGCAGAGGGGUUAAAUGAUGAGUUGCCCUGUGUGAUGUUGUUUGCCUUCUGGCAGACCCAGGAGGUAAGGGGCUCCUGUGCCCUUGGAGGUCAGCGGGGCACCUGCAUGGCUGAGCUGGAGCCUGUAGCCAGCUGGUUUAGUCCCGCAGCAGAGAGUUCUAGCCGGGAGAGGCUGUACCUAACAGAGGGCAACACAGUAGAGCUGUACUACCAGGCCCGGCCCAGUGCCUACGGGAAGUGCAGGGAGUGGGAUGGGGGCCGCUGGGGUAGCUCAGAGCAGCAGCAGCAGGCUGAGUACGUCCCUGUUACUCCAAUGCAGAGAAUCGGCAGUGUACGCCUCUUUCAGGUGACCAAGGGAGCUGCAUCUCUGUCUCAACUCAAGUUGGGAAAGGCCGUUGUCAUUCAGACCUCCUCCAAACCCCUGAAAAAAGAUAUCGCCACUUUCAUCAUCCUCACGGCCAGCUCCUCCUCCCUGGAGAACUUCACUCUGCGAGCGAUUGUAAAGAAGGGAGUGUCGUUUCGAGCAGCAACACCGAGUAACUCGUUGCUGUGGGAUAUCACUCUGGACGCUGGAGCAGAUGGCACCAUCGCUGUUGUUUGUCAGAGGAAAUCUGCCAUACCGGGAAAAAGGCAAGUUUGCUGAAAAUACACAACAAUCCCCAAAUUUACUGUCAGUGAACUCCAUUAAACUCACCGUGUUCAACCACUGGACCAUGGAUGGACCCUUCACGUCUGGGUUUGGCUGCUCAUAGACAGCUUUAAACACACUUCUGAAUGUUAAGAAGUUAUAUUAUGUCAUGGGUUGUUAGAUAAUGUAUUGUAAUAAUAGUGUACAUGCUACUGGGGCUUAAUGAUUUCAAUUUUGCCUGAGGGAGUGAAAAAUAGUCUGCAAAGUAGUAUGAGUAGGAUAAUCCCUCAGAAUAAAUACCACCCACACACGAUGCCAUUUUGACCGAGGCUUAGCCUAUCUGACCUGACAAGACACCGUAUGCUAUCCAAGCACAAAACUGCUGCUGGGAAAAGCUUAAGUAAAUCUGCUUUUAAAAAGGCCACUGUCCUCACACCUUAUUAAGUAGAGCUACCUCUUAACCUUUUAUGCAGUGGGCUAAAUCAGGGUCACGCAGAGUGUUUCUUGGUAGUCUUAACCUGUUAGGGCUAGGGGGCAGUAUUGACACGGUUGG